CGGAAAUUACGUCAUAGCACUUCCGUUGCUGUCAAGGGCACCGGGCACUCUUACGCUAGCUGAACUAUCGGCGGCUAACACCCACACGUGUUUCACCAGCUUUCAACUCUUCAAUUCUUCCAGAAACUUCCAUUUUUUAACGAUGGACGGGUUCAGUUCGGACUUCUCAGCGGGCGGGGCUGGGGGCAAAGUGGACACCGGCACGAUAAUGGAGCAGGUGAAAGUCCAAAUAGCCGUGGCCAACGCACAGGAACUGCUGCAGAGAAUGACGGACAAAUGCUUCAAAAAGUGUAUAGGAAAACCCGGAAGCACACUGGACAACUCCGAGCAGAAGUGCAUCGCCAUGUGCAUGGACCGCUACAUGGACGCCUGGAACACGGUGUCCAGGACCUACAACUCCAGACUACAGCGGGAACGAGCUCGCAUGUGAACAGGCGGCCAUCUUGUCCUCCUUCCUCCGUCCUCCUGCCCCUUGGUCAUCCUCAGAGGUGCGCCGACUCGGCAACUUUCUCUGACACGACCUCUUAAGCAGGCGAGCAACGCCUGAGGACUGCAGCACAGCAGUGAACUUUUUUUUUUUUUCUAAGAAGUAAAUAUAUUUACUGUAUGAAGAAGUGUUGGUGGCAGUCAUUAGUAUCAAUACUUAUGUUUCUAGCCCUUCAAUAGGAAGUACUAGUGUGUUGAUGAAAGCAGACACAAUACGUGGUAGUAGUACUACUACCUACCCUGUACUACACCUCACAAUCUUGUAUAAAAACUAAAUAAAUAGGAAUGAUGUCGUGCCA